AUGAAGAUCCAAUGGAUAAUUCUCUCGAUAGUGACGUUUUUUUUCGGGGUCUUCCACUUGCCACUAAUUACAUCCAACACAGAGAAGUUUCUCAAAAUGGACAUCAUGGCCUUAAUGACUGCCACGAUCUUAGCUCUACAAGUAAGUGAAAAAGUUAAUUUUAGAUUGUUAUGCUCUUCAUUGUAUACUCCAUGCAUCCAGACUUGUUUGGAAUCAAGUAUAACCGAGAGAUUCGGAACUAUGUGGAAAGACUUGAAGCAGAGUCUAGUAGGGAAAACAGGAUGUGACAGCAGGCUUUUACAAACAAUAUCCUUUAAGAAUAAACUUCGUUUUACUCCUAUUUACAGGAACUUUUAG